UUGAGUUUGACGUUUUCUUGUGUUGAUUACAAAUAACUUUCGUUUUUGUUUUGCUUUUUAGUUUAAUUAAUUUAUAACAUACAGUUUUAUUUAUUUCAAACCUGGUUAUGAAAAUACAUGACAAUUUAAAGAAGAAACGAACAAAUACUAAAAACAAUGAACAAUGACAUUUGCUGGUACCAUCCAAAAUUAACAAGAGAAGAGGCUGAGGAACUGUUAAAAAAUGAAGGAGCAGAAAAUGGUGUGUUCAUUGUACGCAACAGCAAUAGCUCCAUUGGAGAUUAUGUCCUUUCUGUUUACUACAACGAUGAUGUAACUCAUUUCCAAAUUCGAAAACAUACAGAAGACGCAUUCUUUUCUAUAGCCGAAACGAAGAAAUUUCAUGGUCUAGAAGUGUUAAUAGAGCAUUACUCACAACCUAACAACGGACUGCCCGAUAAUUUGGUUCUAAAGAACUUUAUUAAAGGCGAACUGCCACCGGACGAUGUGAGAAGACUGGGCCAUACCAGACUGUUGCACAGAGCAGUCAGCCAAUGCAAUUUAAAAGUGGUCUUAGAGCUACUAAAGGCGGGACACAAACACGAAAACAAAAAUCAGCACGGACAAACGGCCGUACAUAUUGCGGCAAUCAUAGGACAAAAUGAUGUAUUAAACGCGCUCAUACAGUUUGGGGCUAGUGUCAAUCUCAGAGACACAUCAGGACAAACUCCUUUACAUUACGCUUGUCAAAAUGGUUUUCCUGCCACCGUCCGCAUUUUGGUGAUGAAUGGGGCCAACAUCCAAGCAAGAAACAUGGAAAACGAUUCUGUGCCACUGCAUGAUGCAGCCAGUCGUGGUCACAAGGAUGUUGUCAGGGAACUGUUAAGUUUGAACGCGCCAGCCAGGCCUAGGAAUAAAGAUAAGCUGACGCCAGCACAAUUGGCCAGGAUCAAUGGUUAUGAUGACUGUGCUGAGAUGUUAGAGAAUUACAGAGCUCCCACGCCGAAAACAGAUAGACACAAAUGGUAUCAUGGUACCUUGAACCGUACCGAAGCUGAAAACUUGAUAAGAAAACAUUGUAAUCAGACAGGAACCUAUUUAAUUAGAUUUAGUGAACGAAACAAAGAAAAAGUUUUAACAUUGUUGUAUGAAAAAGUUUUAUACAAUUUUAUAAUUAGAAGUGAGAAAGGCUAUUUAUUUAUUGACGAUGGACCAUAUUUAGAUUCUCUGGAACACAUAGUUGAAUAUUACAGUAUGAUUUCAGAUGGUUUGCCAACGGUUUUAUUGAAUCCUGUGCCACCAAAACCAAAGCCACCAGUUCCAUUUGACACCAUGCCAAGACCAAAAAAGACUAAGGCCAAGCCCUCAUUAGAAAGUACAAACACAACCCCCACUAGUCAACUGUCAGAUAUCGAAUUUAAAAGUAACUUUAGAAUCCUCAGCCUGGACAACAUUAACAACAACAACGAAAGCGAGGAUUACAUACCGCUGGACAGGUUAACGAAAGGCAAGAUCAUCGGUGGCGGCGAGUUCGGGUCGGUCUACGAAGGUACUUACAUCGACAAAAAAGGCGAGAUGAUGAAGGUGGCGAUCAAAACGCUGCACGAUGACAUGGUGACGAUGGAGGACGCGUUCCUGCAGGAGGCCAAGGUGAUGAUGAAUCUCCACCAUCCGAACAUCGUGCGUUUUAUCGGCCUGUCGUCGGGGCCGCCGCUGCAAAUGGUCCAAGAACUGGUCGAGCUCGGUUCGAUACAGACGUACAUGGAGACGCACCGCGACAAAAUCAGACCGAACUACGAGUUCAAGAUAUGGGCGGCGCAAAUCGCCGAGGGCAUGAACUACUUGGAGGGCGAGAAGUUCGUGCACAGGGACCUGGCGGCCAGGAACAUCCUGCUCGCCACCCCCACGCAGAUCAAGAUCAGCGACUUCGGACUCUCCAGGGCCAUCGGCAGCGAACAGUACUAUAGGGCGUCAACUGGUGGGAAGUGGCCGUUAAAAUGGUAUGCUCCCGAAUCCUACAACUAUGGUCAGUUUUCCCACAAGAGCGACGUCUGGAGCUUCGGUGUAACGAUUUGGGAGAUGUUCGCCUUCGGAGAGGCACCUUGGGGCGAUAUGAAGGGGGCUGAUGCGAUAUUAUUAAUUGAUGCUGGACAGAGAUUAAAGCAACCAGAAGCUUGCCCAGACCAUAUUUAUGAUAUCAUGUUGAAAUGUUGGGACAGUGAUCCGAAUAAGCGACCCACUUUUUCUGAACUCGUCGAAUUUUUUACUACUGAACCUGACUAUAUGAAUAUCAUGAACAUCAGGGAAUUAAUAAAAUAAACAGGGAAUGUUGAAUUUCAAAUUGUUAUAUUUUCAUGCCAUUUUUUAUUGUACAUACAUAUUAUAUUUUAUAUAUUUUAUAUUCUAAUAUACGUAUUGUUAUUGUAAACUGUUAUGAAUGAAACUCGAAUGUUGAUAUCAUCACAUAAACAAAGAUUUUUAAAUAUGUUAAAGAAAAUUACUAGGUAUAUGUUAAAUCAAAAGUCAGUGCAAUAAUUAAUACAUACCUACAAACAUAUUUUAUCCAUUCCGAAAUGUAAAAUAUAUACAUUUUUAGAAA